GUUUGAUCCAUCCAGAACUUCCGUUUCUAGAUUAUUCUAAGUCACAACCGCGUCUCGUACUUCAAGAGUCGUCUUCAAAAUGUCCUCCGACCACAUACACACUGGAGGAUGGUUCAACUGGUCCCACAAUGCCGCUUUCGGCAACACAAUUACGAUUUCUUCUCGGAGUGGAUACUUCCUUGUUGCGUUCCUGACACUUUAUGUUACCAUCGCUGGGUCCCGCUUCUGGGUCAUAAUGGCCUUCAUCGUCCAUCAGGAAAUCACGAACAGUAAAGAGUAUGAUGGUAUGCACAUACAACAACAGGCCAUCCUCCGGAAUUCUGAAGCUCCCAUGAGCGCUGCCGUAUCACUGGCUAGGAUAGCCUUCCGCUGGAGAGGGGUUGCAAAAAGACCACUCCUCCGUUCUCUGCCACUUCUCCUUCUUGCUUUGUCUAGUCUUGGUGCCUUUCGCGCAGCUAGUAUUUUGACGGCUGAAGUCACAAAAGCCGCUGGCAACGAGACGCUCAUCGACAGUCCUGGCUGCAGUUACUGGGCUCCAUCUUCCGAGGACCCUCUCAACCAGGGUGGUUUCCGGACUAAGGUUGCGGCAGAUGCUCUUGCUGCAGCGAGCUAUAGCCGGGCUUGUUAUAGUACCAACUCUACGGCUUCGACACAAUGUGGAGCCUAUAUGGCACGAAAACUCGGCUGGAAUGGCACAUCUGGGGUGCACUGCCCCUUUUCACCCAGUCUAUGUUUCCCCUCACUGUCGGCAGUUUAUCAAAUGGAUACAGGACAACUCAAUUCGCACUUCGACCUUGGCCUGAAUGCGCAGGAGGAGGACAGGGUUGCAUAUCGUCGACUCACCACUUGUGCACCAAUCAACGCCACGAAGUUCUUGAGUACGGGCCCCGACGGUUCAGGGAAUACGUAUUAUAAUUACUCUCUCGGGAACAUUCAAGAUCUUUACCCAGGCAAUUUGAGCUUCAUCUAUAACGACCAUAGUGUGUCAGACAGGAUUAGCUAUCAGUUGACAGCUUUCUCUCCCGAUGUUAGUGCCAACUGGACUUCGGAAAUUCAGACUAUACCAGCCGAGCAGGCAGACAUUACCAUAGCUUUCAUCAGUGCCAACUCCGUAGUUUUCGAUGUCUCCAAUACGGACCUCAUCUUCGGUGCCACGAAGUCCACAGUUCGUAGGCAAAGGGGCAAGGACCAAACCUUCUACUUGCCAGACAACUUUGUAACGGUACUCGGCUGUGUGGACCAGCAUCAGUUCUGUCGUCCCUCUACAUCACAGUGCUCAAGCCUUUCGCGAGUCAGGACACUACGGGAAUCGACACAGGGAUUGAAUCUCAAUUCCAAGCAGAAUGCCGCGGUCCGCUAUAUCUGGAACGCCAUAUACUACAAUAACAUAUAUUGGACUAUCGGUCCGCGAGGUGCAGCCUCUCUCCGUGCCAGUGAGUCGGUAUACCAGUACCUCCAACAUGAGCUUUCCAAUACGCAAUGGAUCACGGAAGUCCAAGGGUGGUUCGAUGCUUCGCUAGCCAGAUUGCAGCAAGCCAUGGUCGAAAUCGCGAUGGGCCCAUCCUCGCAGAAUCCCGGUAUCAACUAUACGAGGCCUGGUUCGGACCCCCAAAAUUCAUUUGAAGAGAAUCUUUGUAGGACGCAGAUACUUCGAAGUACAGGCAAGUACCAAAACUUCAGCGUGCUCGGUAUUGCCAUCAUCGUCGCAUUCUCUUCCUUCUUCAUCUGGCUCAGCUUCAUGAUUGGCACAGCUACAGGAUGGGUUCAACGCUGGAUUCACAAGGGCGAAGACCGGCGACUUCAGUGGCUGCUCGAUGAUAGCUUGCAGCUACAGCGAAUGGCCUAUGCUGGUGCCAGUGAGGGCACAUGGCACGAUAAUCCUGAAGAGAUUCCAAUCACCCAUGAGUCGGCCUUGCUCAAGGCUUCAUUAUACCUACCUGCAAAUAGGGCCGCUCUUAGAGAUACCGACCAGCCGCAGACACCUAAGCACGGGUAGUUAAUAGGCGAGGGCGUUGCUUU